UCAACGGAGAAUAGUGAGAGAUUUUGUUCAUGUAUUUCAAGGUUCUGUUCUUUUUUUCAGAAAGCGCCAAAGGCUGAAGAAAAUGAGAAGUCAAAACGCCAAGAAGAGAAGAAGGUGAAGGAACGAAUAAAAGAUGAAGGAAAAUUUAUCGAGUUGCCUGGUGCAAAAAAGGGAGAAGUUGUGGUGCGAUUUCCGCCGGAAGCCAGCGGAUAUUUGCAUAUCGGCCAUGCAAAAGCUGCACUUUUGAACCAGUAUUAUCAGCAGGCUUUCAACGGUCAGCUCAUUAUGCGAUUCGAUGACACCAACCCAGCGAAAGAGAAUGCUCACUAUGAACAGGUGAUAUUGGAGGAUUUGAAAAUGCUGGAUGUAAAGCCGGAUCGCUGGACGCAUACUUCGGAUCAUUUUGAUAAAAUGUUGAUGAUGUGUGAAAGCCUACUGAAAGAUGGUAAAGCUUAUGUAGAUGAUACGGACGCCGAAACGAUGCGCAAAGAACGGGAAGAUCGUCGGGAAAGCCGGGUUUAUCCAACGUACGACUUUGCGUGUCCAAUUGUGGACAGUCUGGAAGGUGUGACACAUGCGCUUCGCACUACUGAAUACACCGAUCGCGAUGAGCAGUACUAUUACAUUUGCGACGUACUGGGCCUCCGAAAGCCACACAUCUGGUCCUACGCACGACUGAAUAUGACCAACACCGUGAUGAGCAAACGCAAACUGACAUGGCUUGUUGAGGAGCAUCAUGUUGAGGGAUGGUAA